CUCUUACUGAGCUACUUUCACCGAAGCACGGAAGUCUAAAUUUCCAUCCGACUCGUCACAUGACAUCACUGACAUGAAAGUCUGUUUCACGUUGGCCUGAGUCAGACGACAGUCAAAUCGUUCACAGGCGUCACGUUUUUUUGUUUCGGCGUCGCACCGUGUCAUGGAGAGAUUGGAAGAGACAUCAAAGCUCCAGUCGCGACUGUCAUCGCUGUCCUUCUCGUCUUUCCCAGGAAUAACAUCCAAACAUUGCGACAGCGACCCAACGGAUAGACUCCAAAACACAGACCUCUCCAUGAACUUAAGCCAGUCUCCAAAACAAACAAAUAUGGAUCCAUCUGAGCAGCGUGAAGAGGCUAAUGACGAGGCCCCUGCUGAGCACACCUCAGGGGACCAGGGUGAGAAGAACAGCGCAGGGAGCCCUCUGCCCUCCACUGAGAUUAAAGCUGAGACACCCCCCUUGAACCCCCCGCCGACGUGGACAUCUGCUGCCCUCAAAGAGCUCAAGGCCAAGCUUCGAACGGAGAAGGACAGCAUGGUGACGGUGUAUCGAGGCGACAUCAUGACUGUGCACGUGCCCACCAAGCCAGAAGCCAAGAAGGUCUGCUGGGAGUUUGCCACAGAUGGCUACGACAUUGGCUUUGGCAUCUAUUUUGACUGGACUCCCGUCACGAGUCGAGCCAUCACUGUGCACAUCAGUGAAUCGAGUGAUGAUGAAGAUGAAGAGGAGGAGCUGGAAGGCCCGGUCCCCAAUGGCGAUGUGGAGAAGGGCUCCAAAGCACAAAGCAACUCCAACCUGGUUGAGCUCAUACCCGUGUACCGCCAGGACAGCCACAUGACCGUCUUCGGCGGCAGCCACGACUUCCCGGGCGAAGGCACUUACCUCUUCAAAUUCGACAACUCUUACUCUUUAUGGCGAAAUAAAACACUUUACUACAGAAUUUAUUACAGUGCCUAAAAUGCCAAAUGAAUGUAUGCUUUAAAGAAGGAAAUGACACUUAUGAGUGCAAAAGAUAUUUUAAAUGAUCUAAAGUACAAACAAAGAGGUUACGUAUAAUAGGCAUAUCUAUUUUCUACCACUCAGCUUAUGUUGCCAAAUGUAACAUUUUGAAAAAGCCUUUCAUUUGUAGCCGUCCUGUUAAAAUCCAAUCUUAAAACAUAUACUGUGAGAUUUGUCAAGUAGCGGCUAUCAGGGACGACCUCCACAUCAUCUACUUGCUAGAUGUUCGAAGUGCUCUCAAUUCAUGUAUUAUUUGCUGUUACUUAGAGUUCUUUCUUUUUAACCUCACCUCGAUCCGUUGUAAUGUAUCGUGUGUCAGUAGAGAUAUAAAUCAAGAAUGUACUCAAGCAAGCGAUGGCUGAUAUCCAGUGUGUGCUUUUUAUUUUUUAUGACACAAUUUGAGCCGCUCGUUAUCACAUAAAGCUCUUAUUAUGUAAUAGUGAUUCAAUAUUUACAUUUGUCCAGUCGCUGGCUUUAAUUUGUUGUCGUAAUGUUUCAUCUAUAUGUAUUGUAGUUUGUGCACAGGUCUAUAUGUGAGUGAAGGUCACAGUGGAUGUUCUCUGUGUUAAAUAGUUGUGUUCGGCUGCAUUCCAAACUACCUUAUUUCACAUUUUACGUACUUUAAAAGCUUUCUAUCGUUUGUUCUGUAUCUUUAAGUUAUGAUGCUCCUGAGAAUUUAUAAUUCACAAUAAAGAGAUUAUUGUCUACUUUG